CUAGUUUUUACUGUUAUGGCUCGGACCAAGCAGACGGCUCGCAAGUCCACCGGCGGCAAGGCCCCGCGCAAGCAGCUGGCCACCAAGGCCGCCCGCAAGAGCGCGCCGGCCACCGGCGGCGUGAAGAAGCCGCACCGCUACCGGCCGGGCACCGUGGCGCUGCGCGAGAUCCGGCGCUACCAGAAGUCCACCGAGCUGCUGAUCCGCAAGCUGCCGUUCCAGCGCCUGGUGCGCGAGAUCGCGCAGGACUUCAAGACCGACCUGCGCUUCCAGAGCUCGGCCGUGAUGGCGCUGCAGGAGGCCAGCGAGGCCUACCUGGUGGGGCUGUUCGAGGACACCAACCUGUGCGCCAUCCACGCCAAGCGCGUCACCAUCAUGCCCAAGGACAUCCAGCUGGCUCGCCGCAUCCGAGGGGAGAGGGCGUGGAAAAGCCCUUACAACCGUGUUGAGAGGGAGAAAGGCCUGAAUUCAGAAGUGAUCAAGCGCAGCAUUAAAGCUCAUUUUUCUGAGGUUCUGAGUGGCUCUGAAAAGAGCCUUUGGGUUCAGGGCGCUGCGCGCGCUCACUUGGAGCUGGUGUACUUGGUGACGGCCUUGGUGCCCUCGGACACGGCGUGCUUGGCCAGCUCCCCAGGCAGCAGCAGGCGCACGGCCGUCUGGAUCUCCCGGGACGUGAUGCUCUCCUUGCGGCUGCGCUUGCGCUUCUUGCCGUCCUUCUUCUGCGCCUUGGUCACCGCCUUCUUGGAGCCCUUCUUCGGGGCGGGCGCUGACUUCGCGGGAUCCGGCAUUCGCUACGGUUUCACCAUGGCUCGGACCAAGCAGACGGCCCGCAAGUCCACCGGCGGUAAGGCCCCGCGCAAGCAGCUGGCCACCAAGGCCGCCCGCAAGAGCGCGCCGGCCACCGGCGGCGUGAAGAAGCCGCACCGCUACCGGCCCGGCACCGUGGCGCUGCGCGAGAUCCGGCGCUACCAGAAGUCCACCGAGCUGCUGAUCCGCAAGCUGCCGUUCCAGCGCCUGGUGCGCGAGAUCGCGCAGGACUUCAAGACCGACCUGCGCUUCCAGAGCUCGGCCGUGAUGGCGCUGCAGGAGGCCAGCGAGGCCUACCUGGUGGGGCUGUUCGAGGACACCAACCUGUGCGCCAUCCACGCCAAGCGCGUCACCAUCAUGCCCAAGGACAUCCAGCUGGCGCGCCGCAUCCGCGGCGAAAGGGCGUAAACCGAGACUGACGAGAGUGAUCGCUGAACCCAAAGGCUCUUUUCAGAGCCACCUACACCUUUGAAAGCGUUGUACACUUAAUUCUUCCAUAGUGACUAUUAUGCUGUGGGUCACAAAACCUAGGGAACAGCUGGAUGCCCUUCAUCCCAAUUAACCCUUGUUAUCUCAGUUCAGGGUUCGAAGUCUUCACUCCACACCGCCAGCCUAGGCAAAGUCCUGAACUCAGUUGCGCUGUUACCCUGUUGCCAGUCCGCAGUAUAAAUUCUU